AUGGAUGGGCCACCUGGCGUAGAAGUCGAGCCGGCAGUCCCACCGGAGCCAGCUCCGGUUGAACAACCGAAGCAUGAUGCAACACAACCAGUAGCAGAUCCACUUGCGGACUCAGGAGAUGACGAUGACGACGAUGAUGUUGAGGUCACGAUCGGUGUUAUACCUCCAGUCAAUGUCCAGUAUAGUAUGAAAGGAUCCUUGGAUGUGAAUGGUGAUGCUGCUCAGACCGGAAAGCUUGAUAUAGACGCAGUACCAACAAUCAAUGACAAACCGAUUUAUGACAUUGAUCUUGCCCAAAUGGAAGACCGACCAUGGCGAAAGCCUGGUGCAGAUAUAACGGACUAUUUCAAUUAUGGAUUUACCGAAGACACUUGGAAUGCUUACUGCGAACGUCAAAAGAAGUUGAGGCAAGAGUAUGGAAACCAAGCAGCAGCAAAUAAAGCUCUAUUUUCUUCCAUCAAUCUAUCAAAUCCUCUUGGAAUGCCUCCUACUGGAGGUCGACAGUUGGUACCGCUCACCGAAGGAACGGUAAAGGUGUUGACUGACAAUGGCGGUAUAUUUAAACCGCAUUAUCACAAAUUGGCCAAUGACAACUCUGAGCCAAUUGUAAGGACAGUCAUAGGGGGUCCUCCGCCUUCAACUGCACCACCUGCUCCUCCCGGCGUGACACCAACACCAACGACAGCUCCUAUUGUGGACUUCAGUAAACCGCCACCCGGUCUCGCGCCGCCUGGUACUACACCUGCACCUUCUGCUGUACAACCAAUCCAUAUGAUGGAUGGUCCUCCUGGUGUGGAUAUCAUUGCUCCACCAGGAGUAGACGGACCUCCUGGAGUAGAUCUAGAACCACAAACGAUUCCAACAUUAGGAUCGGGAAGCGGACUGGAUAUGUCAAUGCCUCCACCGGGCUUCAAUCCUUCACUACCUCCACCAGGCAUGAGACCUCCGCAAAUGACAAUGCCGAUGACAAAUAUGCCACCGCCUGGCUUCAACACGAUGCUGCCGCCACCAGGAUAUGGACAGAAUCGAUUCCCGCCCUCGGGACCUGGAGGAAUGAACAGGCCACCACCGUUGAUGGGACGAGAUUUCGACCCUAUGAAUAGGAGAGACUCCGGCGAUUUUGACGAUGGUGACGAUGAUCGCAGGCGUCACAAAAGACGCAGUCGAUCAAGAAGUCCAUCAAGACGUGAUUCCAGACGAAUACGCGAUAGCGGGCGAGAUCGUGAGCGCGAUGACCGCCGAGACCGUGACAAGGACCGCGAUAAGGAACGUGAUAAGGAUCGUGAUAAGGAACGAGAUCGUGACAAGGAAAGGGAACGAGAUCGGACCACGGAGCGGUCAGAGCGCAGCAGUAGACGACAUAGAUCACGAAGUGGAAGUGCUGAUGGUCGCAAACGGCGCGAGGAUCGAGACAAGGAGAAGAAACGCGACCGGAGAGACGAGGAUAGUGAUAGGAAGAAGAGACGCCAUGACAAGGAUGAUGACGAACGUCGAGAAAGGCGCAGCGACGAUCGCGAUCGACGUGAGAAACGCUCAAGACGCGAAGACCGUGGCGAUAGGGAGGACCGAGAGGAUCGCGAUAAAGACAGAGACAGAGAUAGAGAAAAAGAUAGAGACAAAGAAGAUCGCGAUAGAGAACGACAAGUAGAGAUCAAGCAAGAAAUAGUCGAACCGUUAGGGAACGAAGAGCCACCACCUCCGGGAGUGGAUAUGCCGACGACUGCGUAG